AUGCCUUUUGGUCUUUGCAAUGCUCCUGCUACAUUUCAGAGAUGCAUGAUGUCUAUCUUCACAGACAUGAUUGAGCAGUUUAUGGAGGUCUUUAUGGAUGACUUUUCUGUCUAUGGGUCUUCCUUUAAAGAUUGUCUAGAUAACUUGUGCAAAGUGCUUGCUAGAUGUGAAGAGAAGCAUUUGGUUCUUAAUUGGGAGAAGUGCCACUUUAUGGUCAGAGAUGGCAUUGUACUUGGGCACAGAGUUUCAAGAGCUGGUAUCGAGGUUGAUCGCGCAAAGAUUGAAGUUAUGACUAGUUUGCAGCCACCUGAUUCAGUGAAGUCUGUGAGAAGUUUUCUGGGACAUGCUGGCUUUUACAGGAGAUUCAUCAAGGAUUUCAGCAAGAUUGCAAGACCACUAACUGCUUUGCUUUGUAAGGAUGUGAAGUUUGAGUUUACUGCAGAUUGUCUCUCUGCCUUUGAACAGAUCAAGCAAGCAUUGGUAAGUGCUCCAAUUGUGCAACCUCCAGACUGGGAAUUACCUUUUGAGGUGAUGUGUGAUGCCAGUGAUUUUGCAGUUGGAGCUGUAUUGGGUCAGAAGAAGGACAAGAAACUUCAUGAUAUCUAUUAUGCUAGUAGUACACUUGAUGAUGCACAAAGGAAUUAUGCAACUACUGAGAAGGAGUUGUUGGCUGUUGUGUUUGCUUUUGAGAAGUUUCGACCCUAUUUGGUUGGUUCUAAGGUGAUUGUGCAUACUGAUCAUUCUGCUCUUAAGCACUUGAUGCAAAAGAAGGAUGCCAAACCAAGACUGUUAAGGUGGAUUCUUCUUCUUCAAGAGUUUCACAUUGAAGUUAGAGAUAAGAAAGGAGUUGAGAAUGGAGUUGCUGAUCAUCUUUCACGAAUUACGAUUGAAGAUGAAGUCCCCAUUGAUGAUCUUCUGCCGGAAGAGCACAUAAUUUUUGUGGAGACUGGUUUUCAGCAAGAUUUUCGUCACAGACAUGAUGCAUCGGGCGACACAGAUAUGGUAUCGGUCAACCCAAAAGACUUGCGUCGGGCGACACAAGCAACAUGCGUCGGUCGACGCAAGUUCCAGCCAAAGACAGUUUGUUCUACGAUUUCUGCAAUCUUCUCAGAAGCUGAAACUUAUGCUUUGGACAUUCCUGCUCUCCCAUGGUAUGCUGAUUUCGCCAAUUAUCUUGCUGCAGAGACUGAACCUGAUGAUUUCAAGGGUUAUGCCAAGAAGAAGUUCAUGAGAGAAUUGAGAUACUAUUGGGAUGAACCUUAUUUGUACAAGCAUUGUUCAGAUGGGAUCUACAGGAGAUGUAUUGCAGAAUCUGAGGUUCCAGAGGUAUUAUUCCAUUGUCAUAGCUCUGAUUAUGCUGGACAUUUUGCUGCUUUCAAGACAAUAUCCAAGAGAAGAGGGAAGAUAAGCAAGCGACAUGAGAUGCCACAGAACUUCAUCUUGGAGGUUGAAGUCUUUGAUUGCUGGGGCAUUGAUUUCAUGGGUCCUUUUCCCUCAUCCCUUGGGAACAAGUACAUAUUGGUUGCAGUGGACUAUGUGUCUAAAUGGGUUGAAGCUAUUGCUAGCAAUACCAACACUUCUGCAGUGGUUCUGAAGCUAUUCAACACCAUCAUUUUUCCUCGCUUUGGAGUGCCUCGAAUUGUUAUUAGUGAUGGUGGUUCACACUUUAUAAACAAAGUGUUUGAGAAACUACUGCAGAAGCAUGGAGUACAGCAUCGCGUUGCCACUCCCUAUCAUCCACAGACUACUGGGCAACUUGAGGUCUCCAAUAGACAAAUCAAAGAGAUCUUAGAGAAGAUUGGAAAGACAAGGAAGGAUUGGUCUACAAAGCUGGAUGAUGCACUUUGGGCUUACAGAACAGCUUUCAAGACACCACUUGGAACUACACCGUUUCAUCUGCUUUAUGGGAAAGCAUGUCAUCUUCCAGUGGAGCUUGAGCACAAGGGAGCAUGGGCUGUUAAGAUGAUGAACUUUGACAUCAAGUCUGCUGCAGAGAGGCGUUUGGUUCAGCUCAAUGAAUUGGAUGAGAUAAGAUAUCAUGCUUAUGAGAAUUCCAAGCUGUACAAGGAGAGGACCAAGGCAUAUCAUGACAAGAAGAUCCUCUCUAGACACCUUGAGCCCAAUGAUCAGGUUAGACCAUAUGGUGCUGUUGUCCUAGUGAACUCUGAAGGCAAAGAGUUUGCUGUCAAUGGACAAAAGGUGAAACAUUAUUGGGCGAAAGCUGCGAUUCCAGAAGGGCAUAUCAUGCCUCUGGAUGAUACACCUACUGCUUGA